AUGAAGGAGGCAAUCAACUACGCCGGGCCGACCAUCAAAAUCGUGGACAGUCCUGUCCCCAAACCAAAUGAUGACCAGGUCAUGAUCAAAGUGAUCGUGUCGGGCUCAAACCCGAAAGACUGGAAGAUGCCGGAGUGGGCGGCGCUGUCGGGGGACGUUGACGAUGACAAUGGCAUGUCUGGAACGCUUCAGAGAGCUGGGAAGGGAGUCAAUCAAGGGGAUGAUAUUGCUGGGAUCGUUCAGGCAGUUGGCGCGAAUGUUGUAGAAUUUAAGCCGGGCGAUCGGGUUGCGGCAUUUCAUGAAAUGUGUAUGCCGGGUGGCUCCUACGCCGAAUAUGCGAUUGCUUGGAGCCAUACAACUUUCCAUCUACCAAAACAUACAUCGUUUGAAGAAGCCGCAACGAUCCCCCUCGCCACCUUGACCGCCGCUGUAUCUCUAUACCCAAACCACCGCCUUCCGUUCCCAUGGGUCCCUGCCCAGGAGCGAAUUCCACUAAUCAUCUACGGCGCAAGCACGGCCGUGGGAUCCUUCGCUAUCAAGCUAGCUUGCAAGAGUAACAUCCAUCCCAUCAUCGCAGUUGCCGGCAAAGGCUCGCAUUACGUGGAAACCCUUAUCGACCGGCGCAGAGGGGAUGCAAUCGUCGACUACCGCGGCGGGCUGAAGGCCACUGUUGAAGGAAUCACAAGUAGUCUACAACAAGCGGGACACUCCACGGUACACCAUGCGCUCGACUGCGUCGCCAUCAAGCGUAGCACGGAGGUACUGAGGAAGUGCGUUGCCCCAGGUGGGCUGAUAGAUGUUGUGGAGGCCGAGGCUAAUAUGGACGUGUCGCCUGCAAGGGCCAUGCCUAUCUCGGUGGGGUCAGUGCAUGGUAUGGCUGGGUUUGAGAACAAUGAACGCUUGGGCUUUGUGAUGUGUCGGUAUUUCACUCGGGCGCUGAUGCUGCGGGAGUUCUCGGGCCAUCCGUAUGAAGUUCGGCCUGGUGGUCUGGCAGGGGUGCAGCAGGCAUUGAUGGACCUGAAGGAGGGGAAGGCGAGCGCUACUAAGUAUAUUUUCCGCAUUGCGGAUACACCUGGGAUUUCAUGA